GAGCCUCUGAGAACAGGCAGAAAUGCUGAGGAGAGAGGGGCUAGAAAACAGGCAGCCAUGAGAGCAGGGAAGGAAGGUGGCAUCUCCUUCCUUCCACCUGCUGACACUCCCUCUACAUUUUGGGUUAGAACAGCAUUGCUGGAGGGCACAAAGUCAUGACUCAUGUGCACUUUCCAGGUGGGGGGGUUGUUGGAGGGAUGAAGCUUCCAUCUCUUUCUAUGGGGAGCAUUGCUUGGACUUCAUCAGGAAUUGUCUGUUCCACUCAUCAGGAGAGACAACUGGAAGAGCAGCAUGUGGAGGCACGGAAGCAGCUGGAGGAACGGGCAAACUUCCUGGCAGAGGUGCUGCAGGAAGAGCAGCGUCAGAAGGCUGCUGUCAUCCACAAGGUGUACCAGCUGCAGAGAGAGCUGAAGCAAAGUGAGCAGCUGAGGCAGAGGCUGAAUGAGCAGUGGCAGAACGGGCAGGUCAUGCUGCAGGCUGAGCUGCAGGAAGCUGAGAGGAAGAUGAGGGCAAUGGAGAAGAGGCACCAAGAGGAAAUGGAAAGGAUGCACAAGGUCCUGCUGCAGUGCAGGCUGGCUGAAGAAAAGCAGGUGGACGCAGGAUCUGCCAUCGAAGCUGCUGGUGCAGCAGCAUCCUGCCAAGAAGCCUCCUCUCCACAGCCUGAAAACCAGAGCAUGAGCAGCUCGGCCCGCUCAAGCCAGGAGAGAGAGAAGCAGUUCCUGAAGCUGCUGAGGUGUGUGGUGAGUGUGGAAGAUCCAGAAAAGAAGUACACUGGAUGGGAACAUCUUGGCAGUGGGGGCUUUGGAGCUGUUUAUAAGGCCUUCAACACUGCCACAGGACAAGCGGUGGCUGUAAAGGAACUUUAUCUCCAGCACCAGGGCUGUGAGGGAAUAUUAAAAGAAAUCCUGCUCAUGAGAGAAAAUAAGAACGCCAAUAUUGUCAGCUACUUAGAAAGCUACCUUGUGGAUGAGGCUGUCCUGCUGGUGUUGGAAUAUAUGGAUGGAGGCUCCUUAGCUGAUGUGGUCACCGUGAGAAGGAUGGCUGUAGGACACAUAGCAACAGUGUGUCGGGAGUGCCUGCAAGGCCUGGCUUUCCUUCAUGCCAAGCAGGUGAUCCACAGAGACAUCAAAAGCGACAACAUCCUUCUGGGCCGGGACGGCUCCGUCAAGCUGGCUGAUUUUGGCCUCUAUGCUGUGCUCAGCCCUGAGCACAGGAAACGGAGGUCAAUGGUCAGGACCACUUACUGGAUGGCACCCGAGGUGGUGAGAAGAGAGCCUUACGGCCCCAAAGUGGACACCUGGUCCCUUGGGAUUGUGGGAAUAGAAAUGGCCACAGGAGAGGCUCCUUAUAUGCAGGAGACCAGUGACAAGGCCAGCUACCUGAUAGGCAAGCAAGGGGUUCCAAAUCUGCAGCAGCUCAGGCUACCCCCUGGCUUGUGUGAAUUUCUGGGCUGCUGCCUGCAGAUGGAUGUGGACAGGCGAGGCUCUGCCAAGGAACUUCUGCAGCAUCCAUUUCUGCAAUCAGCGGAGCCUCUCUUAAGCCUCUUCUGACAGCCUGAUUGCUGCCAUCCCUGCAGCAAGGGAAUGCAAGAAGCAAAGGAGAUGACAAGGUGUGAGAGUCUGUCCAAAACGUCCCUCAUUUUUUGCCUCUCGAUCGUCAUGAAAGCCAAGACCACCGGGGAAAGGGAAAGAUCCUGUUCUGAAAAUCCAGGUCUGUCUGGUCCACCAAGCCAGAUUAUUGCCUACGGGUGUGUUUGCUCAACUCAUGGAACACUGCACCCAAGAAUGGGCAGUGUGCUCUCCUUCGCCUGCAUCACCUAGCAACGCUAGUGCUGGAAUUUCUCCACCCUUCUGACUUGGCUGGACUUUCUCUCUGGAAUGACCUUUCUGGAGGUCACCACAAAAGGACCCUCCAUUCACCGUACAUCAACCACCGUGACAGAUGGACUGAGAUGGGAGAAGGUUCUCCCCUCAAGGACUGAGACGCGCGACCCCUACAUGGAAAAGCUCCCCUCUUUUGCCAAAAGGACUAAGACUGAAAUCCCCACCGUAGGGUGAGGGAAGGUAUGCGUGGGGACCGGAGCAAGUUUUGCAAGCGACCACUGGACCGAGAAGACAAUGGUUCCUGCCUACGACAUCUGCUGCUGACGACGCCUGUUCCUGAUGGACUACUGAUGGACUCCUUGUACCCUUUAUCAAUAGACUAUUUUGAAAUGGGUCCCCUUCCCCCAUUUCAAAAGGACUAUAAAAAAGGUUAGACCUGACUGAUACCUUUGAGAUCUCCCCUGACGUGAAGACGACAGGCCUCUUCGUCGACCGGACUUCGAGGGACUUUGUCAUCCGCACAUCUGGUAGCUAUAUACCUCCUUGCCCUCCCUCUCUUCUUUUUCUUUUCCUUACUCUUUUCCCUUUCUUCAUUCCCCUUCUCUCUAAUGCAUCUUCUCUAUGGCUAUUUAAUAAAAGUACAUGUAUUUUGAUUUUACUGCAAAUCCCCUUGUCGUGUCAGUUUUUGCACCCUGAGAUCAGUGAAAAAGAACCUACACGAAUCACGUCCUUAGGACAGAUCGUAUCAUAAAUUGGAUCUUGGGUCACGGAUCUUGGGUUCUGGGGAACGGAGGAGUCUGCAGGUUACGUGUAGUUUGUAACA